AUGGACGACAUACCCAGCGAAAAGCGAUUGCCAGCAAGUGUGAUCUCACAUCGCGCCAACAGCACCCCAGACAUGGUGGUCGUUCUACUGCCCAAAGGUCAGGCACUGGAAGAUGACUUCUUCGGUCUUACAUAUCGGCGGCUCAACUACGCUGUAGACAAUGUUGCCUUCUGGCUAGACAGCGUGUUGAGUCAAGGCAAGAAGGUCGGGUACGAAAGCGAAAGUCAAUGGUCGACAAUCGUGUACGCUGGCUCGAAUGACGACCGCUAUGUCUUGCUUCUGUACGCAGUGGGAAAGACGAAUCGCAAGGCGGGAAGCCUGCUCUUUCCAAGCUCCGGAGGUCGGUGGCUGACUGGCACACAGCCCAUGGUCAUCACGCUACCCACGAACCCGAAGGAUAGUCUCAUCAAGCUACUCAAUGCACAGGGCGUCAAGACUGCGCUAGCUAGUCGAGUUCCGAUCUCACCGGUGAAAGAUGCGAUGGAUCACAUACUUGGCGGACAGGUACUGGACAUGCCACCGCUAUCGACGUUCCUCGAUGCCAUACCACCUUCUACCUACCCGUACGAUCGUGAGUGGAGCAAGACUAGGAAUGAUACUUGGUUGGUCAUGCAGAGCUCUGGCACAACCGGCGACCCGAAGCCAGUCACACAAACCAAAACCUUCAUCGACGCGUACGCCGACAUGAUUGCCGCCCGCAACAAAGGAGACAACCUUCAACUAGCCUACCCCGUUGUUCUCCGUGACUGCCACGCACCCCUCCUCUGGCCACUAAGUUGGGGCGCCGGCAUCUUCGCAGCCGGCAUGUUCCCACUGGUCUCCAUCACCAUCACAACCCUCAUACCCCCCACCAUGCCCUCCCCAAUGACCCCCGAAUACGUCAAAGACGUCAUGCGUCUCGAACUCGCCAAAGAACCCUCUGCCCUCGAAGGUUCCAAGAAUUACGACUGGGUGUCUUAUGCAGGCGCACCACUUGAUAACGAUACGGGUGACCUAAUCGCGAAGCACACCCGCAUCCAAUCCAUCAUCGCCUCAACAGAAGCCGGGAUCUAUCCCCUCCUCCUCAACUCCCCCUCAGACUGCAAGUAUCACCGCUUGCACCCGACUCUUCACGGCUGGCUUCUUGUGCACUUUCAGGAUGAGCUGUAUGAACUCUGCAUCCGUAAAGCGGGGGAGAAUGAAUGGCGCCCUGCCUUCACAAUGGAUAAGCGAAACCCAGACCUCCUGCAAGUCUUCCACACGAAAGAUCUCUGCCGAAUAGUUCCUGGGCGGCAAGGGUUCUGGGAUUUCUGCGGCAGGACGGAUGAUUUCGUGGAACUCGUCACUGACGAAGUUCAAUGGGAUAAAUAUCGAACACAUCAUCGAUCGCCAUCCCGACGUCAAAGCAUGCCUGCGCUCCAUCUUUCGUCAGAUGAAGUCAUAGAACGGAUCUGGCCCGCCAUCGAGGCUGCGAAUAAGACGUUGAUUGAGCAAGCGGAGCUUGGCAAGAAGGUUGUACUGAUCACGAGGGAAGAUGCUCCGACUGCGAGACUUGCGAAAGGCACGAUCAAUCGGAGGGCUACCCUGAAGGUGUAUGAGGGGGAGAUUGAGGAGCUGUAUUGGAAGUACAUCCAGUCGGCUCUGCUGGACUCAACGAAGACCCCCGGCCUGGUGAACCGAGUCAGGCCAUACUUCUAG